GGCAUGUAGGAGGACAGUCGGCGUAGUGGCCAGGGCUACGGAGUCAGCCUCGAUUGAACAGGCAGAUAACGAACUGGGGCGGCUGAGGCGAGAGUUGAUGCCGGAUAUGUCACGUCUAGACGCGUUGCUUGUUAGCUGCCUGGACGCGGUGGAGAGUUACUGGGUCACUGACCACCGCACUUCGACUUACUCCAGUGAAGAUGCCCCCUCCCCUAAAAGCACCCCAACCACACCCUCCGUCCAAGACAUGGCCAAGUCUUUCAGACGAUCAUCCUCCAUACGCAGCAGUUUCGACCAGCGAGAUUCAAUCCCUGAUGCCAUGGCACAACGACCUGAAGAACCCAUCACAUUUGAGGCAGCCCUGAAUCUGCCUCUCCGACCUCUCGAGACGAUCAAGGACGAAGACAUCUCACUCAAGCCUGGGUCUCACAUGAGCCCGCCGCAGCCUCGACUGAACACCAACAGAGGCCUACGAGGCUCCACACAGCGCCCAGCUCCCAUCUACAGCCUCUUCCCCCCAGCCUCUCCUCCACCCACCAAAUCCUUGCCGCCGAUACCUCCAGUGAGGUCGCCAUUGAGGCCAGGCCCCUCUGGUCUGUCCACCUCGCC